UUAUUUUCCAUAGCACUUGCAUCAAAUGUAUGGACAAAAAAUCAUUUGUAAAUUCUUAGUGGUAAAUUUUUAAAAGUGGUUUUAAUUUUGUAAAAUGUUGUAUUUCUCCUUUUACACGUCGUCGGUCCGAUGAAGGUCCCAAUGGUUUUCACAUUUCUAUUUUACAUUCUUGACGGCAUUUUGGCUCCGAGUCUCUGAGCUUGUUCUGUUUUCGUUUACGAUUUGUUUACAAAGUCAAUUGUAUCUCGCUUACGUGCGAUUUUCGAGUUGUGACCCUUACGCCAUUUCUUCCAAAGACCCAGAUCCGAGCCCUUUUUUCCCCUCUUCCCGCUCCGAGACGGUCGGAAUGUUUUAACGAGAUUUAUUUUCGUCUGAGAGAACGACGUCUUCAGCUCAAUCGCGAUGUUCAGAUCUACUUCGGUUUAAAACUUCGGCAGAGGAAAAUAAUUUCUCGGAGAUGCAAAUCAAGAAACGAAGGGAGAAGAUGUCGCAGGCACCUGGCAAAGUUUUUAUACUUUUGGGCUUAUUUCUAUGAGGCUUAGGCGUUCCUUUCGUUAUGGCUCCGAGACACUGCGAACAGCCUCCCGCUCAAAAGAAAAGAAUGCCUCUAAACACUAGAGAAUCGGAUUUGAUCAAAAGCGGCGAAAUAAUAGUGGACGUACACAAGAAAAAAUGGAAGUUGGGAAAGUCUAUUGGCCUGGGUGCGUUCGGAGAUAUCUAUCUCGUUACUGAAGAUGGUGCUAAACAGGUGGGAGAAUCAAAAUACGUCGCAAAAGUGGAGCCUCACUCAAAUGGGCCUUUGUUUGUUGAAAUGAAUUUUUACCUCAGAGCUGCGAAACUUGAGUCAAUUGAGAAAUGGAAGGCAGAUAACUGGAUGAAGCACUUAGGAAUGCCCCAUAUUCUAAGUUUCGGAUCAUGUGUUUACAAGGGGGCACAUAUGAGAUUUAUCAUAAUGCCAAGAUACGGUGAUAGCAUUGAAAAAAUGUUUAUAAAACACUCUAAUAAAUUUCACAUAAAGACAGCAAUGACAAUUGCGAUGCACACUAUUGACAUCUUAGAAUAUGUACACCACCAAGGAUAUAUACAUUCAGACAUUAAAGGUUUGAAUAUCGUCCUGGGUGAAGGACCAAAUCAAGCACCGUUGUAUUUAGUUGAUUAUGGAUUAGCAACAAAAUACAAAGAUAAAAAUGGCUGUCAUAAUGAUGGCAGCCCUGAUGGAAGAAAAGCCGAUGCAGGAACAUUGGAAUUUUCUUCUAGAGAUGCUCAUGUGGGAGUGAUAUCAAGGCGGAGUGAUUUAGAAUCGUUAGGUUUUAAUUUAAUCACUUGGCUCGGUGGAUGUCUUCCCUGGAUUAAUCAUUUAUCAAAUUCAGAUUUAGUAUUUAAUUUAAAAAAUAAGGCGAUGGCCGAUAUUCCAAAGUUUCUGUGUGACGCAUUUUCUAAAAAGGCACCAACUGUGCUGUUUAACUUCCUCAUGUAUGUCUCAAAUCUACGCUUUGACACAAAACCCGAUUAUAAGCAUUGUAAGGCAUUGUUCAGCAAUGCUAUCAUUGAGGCUGGAUUUCUCGACGAUGGAAAGAUCACUUUUGAUUCACAUGCCAAAUUGAAUAAAAAAGCAAGAAAGAGAGUAAUGGAACGUGAAAAUCUAAUUCCGCCUAAAAAGAUGGCACUCUCUUUUCUCUCUCCUCCUCCUAGCAGAAAACCGUGCUCCAUUCAUAACACUAAUAUUACUACAAGAUAUUCAAGAAAUGUCGACAACAGUGAAGAACUGGAUAAAUUCAAUUGGGCCUUAAUUCUUGCUAGUAACCCGGAGAAAAUAGUUAAAAUGAAGCUCAAACAACAAACCAAACUAGUUUCAAGGUAUUCACCUCCUUGCAAGAAGUCAGUAUCACUCCCCUACAACAAUGUCUUGUUAAAUCCUACGCCUGCCAUGUUAAAAGUAAUGGAAAAUAGGAGGAAGAAAAGUUCAGAUAGUCCUGUCAAGAAAUUUAAAUCAGAUAGUAUGGAACUGGAUGGAAACAGAAUGACACCUGCUAUGGAAGAAGUUAUUUCAAAGAAGCUAAAAACCAAGAGGGUCCUAAGGCCAAGAGCUCUGCGAUCGAGCAAAGUAACGAGGCUGCGUUGUAGGCUUUGAUUACUUCUGUGUAAUUUGUCUGAAACAAUUGAAAAAUUCUGCUGUCACCAUAAUGUAUGUGAAAUGGAAGAAUAGCAUUUCAAUACAAAACACAUUUUGAUUUUU